GUUUCACUCCAGUGCGGAAGUGCGGAAAUGGCCACAGAAGAAGAUCACGAUGAUUUGAGAUUAUUUCACCUGGCCACUGCAAAACUAUCUGAUGCCCAAAAGCUUACUGAUGAAGCUCAUGACUUGUUGAAGCAGGACCUUGAAAAGGUCAGGGAAGAAAAAUCGAAUUUUGAAAAGAUGAUCAAAACACUAAAUCAGGUCCACUUUGCCAGCACCGUCAAGUUAAACGUCGGCGGAAAGAUAUACAAGACAACCCUGAAUACACUGCGAAAGGACCCGAAUUCCAUGCUGUGUGCGAUGUUUUCUGGGAGGUAUGAAGUCAAAGCUGACGAGGAAGACGGAGCUUAUUUUAUCGACCGCGAUGGUAAACUAUUCCGGUAAGUAGGGUAAGUGGCAUCAGUGACAAAAUGAGAAAUGAGUGGAAGUCGUGUAUAUUUAUGACCUUAAAACUAGUCUCGUCACGCAACACUCUCGAAAAAGUAACGAUCCGAUAGUGUGGCCCUUCUUUCCCACAACGAUAUAAAAAAGGGAAAUUUAUUAAAAUCAUCGGCGGGAGAACGCAUUUUGGGAACGGUGUAAGGGAGAUUUGGAAAACUGAGUGUCCCACUGCUUUAUGUUGACAAAAAAAGUGGCUGAAUAAUAUUCAUAAAUAUUGCAGCUUAAACAUUCAUUUGCAUACUUCGUUCAGUUAAUUAAAACUUGCCUUCCUCUUUUAAGAAAGAACGUUUUUACUCCCAAUUUAGCUACAUCUUGAACUAUCUUCGAAACGGCCAAUUUCGUUGCCCAAAAGACAGAACAAUUCGAGCAGACCUACUUUCAGAGGCGGAGUUUUAUCAGGUGCAAGGAAUGAUCGAUCGGCUACAAAAAGAGAUGUUCACCUUUACAUCAACCGUGAUAAAGAACAAAGAUCACUUUUUCUCCCUUGUGUCAUGGCUACCUGAAGGUGCAGCUUGUUCGCUGUUAUACCUAGCUUCUGCUGAUGGUAAAACUGCUAAGGACUUUCAUCGCUGCUGUGAUAACAAAGGCCCAACUCUCGUGGUGAUAGAAAGUGGAGAAUAUAUCUUUGGUGGAUUCACCUCGAAGUCUUGGUUGUCACCCAGUAAGUGGUUGAUCUGA